CCUCCUCUAAAGAAAGACGAUCACUCCCUCAGCCCUCCGCCGCCUUCUCGUAUCCCUCCGUCGUUGCUCCUUGCUUCCUGCAUAAACCGCCGCUCCUCCUGCCGUCCGGCCGAAUCUGCUUCAGUCGCCGCCGCCGUCGUCUGCCAGCCAAUCGGUUACGUCCACCGUCCGGAUCAAUAAUCGCUUCUCCGCCAUCCGUCUGAUACUGUCAGUAUUCGCGCUCAGGGUAACGAUGAGGGCUGCUCGCCGUGGGGAUUUUAUGUUCUGCAACGUGUGCGGGACGAUGAUGAAUUUUAGUUCUGGGAAUCAGGUGGAAUGUCCUCUGUGUAAAUGCUCGAAGAGGACGAAAGAGGUGAUUGGACAAGAAAUAUCCUACAAAGUCUCUGCUGAGGAUAUCAGAAGGGAUCUAGGGAUCUCACAUUUUGAAGGAAAGAUGGAAGUGAAAGACAUGGAGAUAAACAAAAAGUGCGAGAAAUGCAGCAACACAAAGCUCAAGUUUUCGACUAGACAAAUGAGAUCCGCAGAUGAGGGGCAAACUACUUUCUUCCACUGCUCUGUUUGCUCUCAUACUUUCACCGAGAACUGAACAUCAAACCACCUGAGGGUUGAACUAUCACUUCGUAACCAAGACAACUGAAGAUCUUACAUUCUAGUCAUAGAUAAGCUUCUUUUCGAUGCACUUUAACACUUGGCAUUACUGUUGUAAGAAACUGGAACCCAGAAAUCCCAGCUAGCACUGUAUACCAUAUGCUAUCUGAUGAUCCAAUGGCCAGUGCACAAUAUGUUAUAUCAUGUCAUUCUUCUGCCCCUACAAAGGAGCUAAAAAAGGGGGAAUUAGGGUUCUAGCUGUUAUUGGGCAAAAAGGACAAUGCACAAGUUAAUGCAGUGUACAACAGAGUUGCUGUUGGUCCUGUGUACAAGAAACAGAUACAGAGAGACAAAGUCAACUUUCUCAUGUUCUAUGGUGGAGCUAUGAGUUAGGUGAGUUCAGAGCAAGGUACCACAGCCGAUUGUAUAAACUGAAGAGUACACCAUUGCACUUGGUUUUACAAUCCUUGCUCAAUUUGCAGAAGGAACAAGAAAAAGGAUUAGAAAGGUAACUGGUUGCAUUAUUGGCCAUGGAUUGGAUAUACCAACUCAAUUAAUAAAACCCAAGUUGCCAGUUGCUGCUGUUGCUUUUGACCAUUAACACACCUCGAGUUUACAGUACAGCUGCAUUCUUUCGAGUAAUCUAAAACCUCAAUCAGCCAAUUACAGCAUUUCCCCCUUUCUCUCUUUUGUUCUCUUGAAUGCUACACUUGCAAGUUGCACCAACAACAAGAACAAGAAGAAGAGACGAUCUUUUAUAUGGGGAUGUGAGGAAACCUGCCAACGAAGCUCCACCUCAUUUUGCCCUGUCUGCAGGAGGACCAGUCCAAAGAAACUGGACAACUGUAAUUGUCAAAUUGGACCACUUUCAGGCUGUAUAUAUAUAUAUAUAUAUAUAUAUAUAUAUAUAUCUUUUAUGCAAUUCCUAUGAUUCCAACCUCACUUUUGUUUUUAAUUAUUUUACAUGUCAAAAGCUGUAGGUUAUAAUUGAAGACAGCAAUGUGAGUGAGUGAGUGUUAUAACUUUUUGGUACAGCAAAUGGUUAGCUCAAACAAUACAGCCCCAACAAUGGAGCCAACUAACUUGCAUAAUCUGUUUUGGGAAGGCUUGAUCUGGUGCAAAUUUUUUUUUUCCAAUGUAACAUAAUAUAGGAUAUGCUUGUAGCUUUCUCCUUUUGUCCAUCAAUGUAACAGAGUCGGUCAAUUUUAGUCGCCCGGUUAAAAGGUGCUUCAUUUAACAUGUUAAUCGGAUUCGGUUACGAAGAUAACAAUAUGAAUGCAUGCUAUAACUUUGUGUACAAGAAAUGCUUAGUUCAAUGCUCAUACUCACUCCGAGGAAUGAAACAGAGUAGUUGAUAUACUGCUUGUUUAGAUCGUGCAACUUAUCCGAGAUUUGUGUGUAAGAGAAUCAAAGUAGGAUGACCCA